GGCCAUGUCCGGCGCGGGCGCCGCGGGACCCGUCUGCUGCAAGUGACCGAGCGGCGUGGACCGCCGCCUGCUCCCCUCCGCCACCUGGGGCGGCGCGGGCCCCGGUGCCGGGUGCCCGGAGCCCCGGUCGCGCGUAGAGCCGGCGCGAUGCACGUGCGCUCGCUGCGCGCCGCGGCGCCUCACAGCUUCGUGGCGCUCUGGGCGCCCCUGUUCUUGCUGCGCUCCGCCCUGGCCGACUUCAGCCUGGACAACGAGGUGCACUCCAGCUUCAUCCACCGGAGCCUCCGCAGCCAGGAGCGGCGGGAGAUGCAGCGCGAGAUCCUCUCCAUCUUGGGCUUGCCCCAUCGCCCGCGCCCCCACCUCCAGGGCAAGCACAACUCGGCGCCCAUGUUCAUGCUGGACCUAUACAAUGCCAUGGCGGUGGAGGAGGGCGGCGGGCCCGACGGCCAGGGCUUCUCCUAUCCCUACAAGGCGGUCUUCAGCACACAGGGUCCCCCUCUAGCCAGCCUGCAAGAUAGCCACUUCCUCACCGACGCCGACAUGGUCAUGAGCUUCGUCAACCUAGUGGAACACGACAAAGAGUUUUUCCACCCGCGCUACCACCAUCGAGAGUUCCGGUUUGAUCUCUCCAAGAUCCCGGAAGGGGAAGCCGUGACUGCAGCCGAAUUCCGGAUCUACAAGGACUACGUCCGGGAGCGCUUCGACAACCAGACGUUUCGGAUCAGCGUGUACCAGGUGCUGCAGGAGCACUUGGGCAGGGAGUCGGACCUGUUCCUGCUUGACAGCCGCACCCUCUGGGCCUCGGAGGAGGGCUGGCUGGUGUUCGACAUCACGGCCACCAGCAACCACUGGGUGGUCAACCCUCGGCACAACCUGGGCCUGCAGCUCUCCGUGGAGACCUUGGAUGGGCAGAGCAUCAACCCCAAGUUGGCGGGGCUGAUCGGGCGGCACGGGCCCCAGAACAAGCAGCCCUUCAUGGUGGCCUUCUUCAAGGCCACCGAGGUCCACCUCCGCAGCGCCCGCUCCACGGGGAGCCGGCAGCGCGGCCAGAACCGCUCCAAGACGCCCAAGAACCAGGAAGCCCUGCGGAUGGCCAACGUCGCAGAGAACAGCAGCACUGACCAGAGGCAGGCCUGCAAGAAGCACGAGCUGUACGUCAGCUUCCGCGACCUGGGCUGGCAGGACUGGAUCAUCGCGCCCGAGGGCUACGCCGCCUACUACUGCGAGGGGGAGUGCGCCUUCCCUCUGAACUCCUACAUGAACGCCACCAACCACGCCAUCGUGCAGACACUGGUCCACUUCAUCAACCCGGAGACGGUGCCCAAGCCCUGCUGCGCCCCGACCCAGCUGAACGCCAUCUCCGUGCUCUACUUUGACGACAGCUCCAACGUCAUCCUGAAGAAAUACAGAAACAUGGUUGUCCGGGCCUGUGGCUGCCACUAGCCUCCUGGAAGGCAGACCCUUCGGGGCCGCCUUUUCUGGAUCCUGCGACUCACCACCCAGGGGUCCCAGGCCCACCUUGGCAAGGAGCCAGCAGACCGGCCGCCUGGUGCGAGGCCUUCCCGUCCCUCUCCCCAACUUCAAUGGCGUAGCAGCGUUAAGGAUUCGAGAGGCAAAUGGCUUUUGAUCAGUUUUCUGUUGUCAUCCUAUGGACAAGAUCCUAUAAGCUGCUGCAGGCAAAAGGUAACAGGAAGAAAAUUAUAUAAAGAAAACCUGCCCGGCCACGGUCGUGGGCUGUGAGGUCUCGGCCGCACGCUGACUCGUUCCCGGGGCAAUGAGGAGCGCCCCUCACCCAGGACCCAGCGGUGGGAGGAAGGGGCGCAGGGAGGGCUGGGCGUGUCGUGUCUGUGCUGAAGGAAUGACGCGGAAGUGCCUGUAAUACAUGUCCAAUAAAACGAAUGAAUGAAAAUGGUUA